AAAAAUCAUCAUGAUGGUCCGUUUUCUCUGCAUGCUCGUGGUUCUGAGUUUCCUGGAUCAAAACCCCUCUGCACAAUUUACGUCAACACAAAACUCGGUACCAAGUCCCAAUGUACCAACAACAUCCGGGGAUUUUCAGCCAAUUACAUACAAUCAUGAGUUCAGAGGUCAGGCCGAGCUAUCAAAACGAUUGGUGGAAAUGAUAAACCAACUACAGGGCUGGUCAACAGACGUGUCUCACAUAUCAACACACUCUGGGAUAGGAGGAACAGGCAGCAAAAUUCAGAGAUUUCUAUGUUAUUACGAUAUAUUUUGCAAAGAACUUUUACACAUCAAAAAUUCAGAGCGCCACCUGGAUAAUCCUAACGAGGAACAAAGCGAGCUGUACCGGAUUUAUCUUCCGGUUGGCUUCCUUAAUCCUUUACCUGUCCAAGAGACCGAAGAAAUGUAUGCCGCGUUAAAUCGGGACAGGAGUUAUCGUUCCUCGGUCAACCCACUGACAGCAAAAGAAUCUCCUUUAUCGGAGGAUAGAAAACCACACGUCUUGUAACUGUUUUUGUUGUUAUAAUGAUAUAUAUAUUUUUAAAACUUUCUUACUUUGAGAAUUUUAAUGUAACAAGCAAACUUCAAAGAAUUGU